GAGUCGUGUUGAUCAAAUGCAGAACAGGUUAUAUGAGUCCAGGUGAGGCAGGAAGCAGUUUAGGGUAAUUUCUUGACUUCGGAGAAACAGAGAAGUAAAUGUGUUCCGUGUUCACUACAUGGCAAGAUAUUAGCUAGAAUAUUCUCCUGUCAAAGACACACACACACACACACACACACACAGAGAGAGAGAGAGAGGAUAUUACACACAAGGAUCUCAUCUCAGCUCAGCUUUUGAAGGUGAAGACAUGGCAUACACGAAAGCACAUGCCAGUCAUGGUAGCUCCAUGCACCUUCAGGUCCUGGAAUGUGAGGAUCAGCUAGCCACUCUUGAUCUAGAGUGGGAGAUGGAAAAGGAGUUGGAAGAACCCGGGAUGGACAACUUACAACUAGAGUAUGCAGACUCACAAACUUUAGGCAACUCAUCUACUAGUGAAAUUAAUCCAGACCAAGAGUUCAUCCAGCCCUCUGUUUCCCCCCAUGGACGGUUUGAGCGACUACAAGAGGAUCCCAACUACUUGCAAUACAGCGGGACCGUUCCCAAGGCACACAAGAUGAGUGCUACCUGCAUUGUCAAGUACCUGAUGCUUGGGACAGGAGCCUUCUUCCUGGGACUGCUCAUUGGUCUACAUGCUAAGCGAACUGAGGAGCAGCCGACCACGCCCACCGCAAGCACAGAUAUGCUGGAAAAGGUUAUGCAAGACAUAACUGCAGAAAAGAUCCAGGCAAUAAAAAGGGAAUUUGAUUCCUUAUCAGGACUCGGUGAGGAAGCCUGGGUGAAGUAUCUCGCCCAACGCUGGGAGGAGUUUGGUCUGAAGAACAUCCAACUGAUCAAUUACACCGUCCUCAUCAGCUCUCCUGGAUCCUUUCCGAAUACCAUCACUGAUAUAGCAAAUAAGCAGUGCUUCCUGCCCAGUGGAGCGAGCUGUGACACAAAGGCCCACUUAUCCAUUAAUGAGUCCUUUGCCUUUGCAGCCUACUCAUCUGUGGGAAGUCUAGAGGGAGAAUUGGUGGAUGUACAGUAUGGAAGUUCUGAAGAUUUGAGACUAAUCCAAAGUGAGAAGAACGUGACCAAUAAAAUAGCACUGCUUAAAAUUGGACCAGUACCUUUACUCAACACGCUUUCUCUCCUGGCUGAGAUGGGCUUUGCCGCUUGUCUCAUCUAUGUGGAUCCCUGUGACAUCCCUGAGGAUCAGCCAUUAAUGCAAAAAGCAUUCGGGGUGACGUUAAACCCAGGAGGUGACCCAUCAACCCCAGAAUACCCCAGCACAGAUGGCAGUUUCAGGGAAGAUUGUCGCAAUUUGACAUCCCUGUUGGUGCAGCCAAUAUCAGUCAAGCUAGCCAAAGAGCUGCUGUCUGCACAAAGUAUUAGAUACAGCCAACCCUGCGUUCCUAUGGAAAUGGCAUCAAGCUCAGGACAAAGGAUUAUAAAUCUAAGCAUUGGAUCCCAAACGUCAUACAGAAGAGUCUAUAAUGUCAUUGGCUACCUGAGAGGAAAGAUUAAUCCAGAUAGAUACAUCCUCGUUGGCACUCGUCACAGUAGCUGGUACGAGGGUGCCCUGGCAGACUGGAGUGGUGGUGCUGCAGUCGUCUCUCAAAUCAUUGCCUCCUUAACAGCUCAGACCCGUGCACAUUGGCAGCCAGACCGUUCUAUUGUCUUCUGCUCAUUGGGAGGCUCUGCCCUCGGCAACAUCGGCUCCUUUGAGUGGGGGGAGGCGAACAAGGUGGUUUUGGAGAACAGGGUAGUGGCCUAUGUCAGCCUCCAUAGUCCAGUUAGAGCUUAUGGACCACAGUCUACAGCGUCACCAUCUCUGCUGCAGCUGGCUUCUGACAUCCAUAAGAGACAUGUAAAAAGUUGCCUUCAUGUUGGAGGCUGCACUGGCCUGAACAUCAGCUCUCUGCAGUCUCCUGUGGUCAUGGACUUCUUCACCAGUCAGCUUGCUGCUCCACUGGUCGAAUUCGCAUCAUCAGCCAAUCCAGCUGAGAGUGCUCAUUUCCUCUCUGAGGCCUUUUUCCCCUUGGAGUCAUCGUUAACAGAGACCUUGGACCCCGCCUUCAGACUUCACGAGACAGUUGCAAAGAUGUCAGCAGAGGCCAUCCUGCGACUUGCUACCGAUCCUGUUCUUCCCUUCUCACCCUUGGACAUAGCACUGGACAUUCAAAAUAAACUCAAAGCUGACCCCUUAAUCAGGCAUGAUCUUCUGGAUGCUGCUGCAUCCUUGCGAGAAAGUUCUGGCUUCUUCCAGUCAGAGAUUAUGCGCCCAGCCAACGACCCAAAGGAGCGUGACCCUUCCCAUGUGCGCAUGCUGAAUGACGUACUGCAAGACCUUGAGAAAAGCUUCCUAAUUUCAGACCCACCUCGGGGCUUUUCACGGAACAUUCUCUAUGGACUGAAUAACAAAACACAAGGCUUUGCCAUCUUGAAGGCCUCUGCAGAAGACUCCAAACACAGCAGUGUGAAUUGGUCUUUGUCCCAGGUGUUUAACUCCAUCUGCUCAGCUGAAAAGCUCGUCCAAAGUGGUCUCGAACUCUUUGAGAAUAACCCUGAUAGCUCACAUUAAAACAAUCCCAGCAAAAUGCUGCUAUUGAAGCUCUGUACCAAACUUCUUCAGGCAUGAAAGCAGCAGAACUGCUCGAUAAUGUAGUCAGUUAUCAUGUCUGUUGACUAAAUCUGUAAAGGAAUGAUAUAUUUGAAGCUAAUUGUAAUUUGGAGUACUUAUGUGUCCUUUUUAUGGGUCCACAUAUGUUUCUCACCUGUAUGAUGGCAGAUGAACAGAAAUUCUAGUAAAAAAUGAUGAACCUGUAAAUAAGGUAAAACUGUCCUAUAGGCCUGAAGGACAAAAUAAGGCACUUCACGAUGGUGCAGACUAGCUUUCAGUUCCAGGCAAGCAAUUCUGUAAGAUAUCAUAAUUUUGUCCUCAGGGUGACUAAGCAUUUUUCAACUCAGGACAGGUGUAAGGAGAAUUCUUACUUGUAUAAAUUUAUACAUAUUAAUUAAUAUUUUGAUCUUCUUUAUUAACUGUAUGAAUGUGUAUACAUACACACACACACACACACACACACACACACAC